GGAAGGGUUUUUGGUCGCGAGUCGCACCCGCCGCCGUGGUCGCAUCGCACGCGAACUCUCGAGUCUCGAGAGAGGCGAAGAAGAGAGCGACGGCGAGAAGAGAGCAGCCGAGCAAGAGGGUGGGGAGGAUGGGCGCUGGGGAAGGAGAGGCAGCCGGGAGCAAGGAUAAGAGCGGCGGCGGAGGCGCCGGCGGCGUCGCCCGGACGUCCCUGGACGGCCUGCGGGACAAAAACGUGAUGCAGCUGAGGAAGCUCAACUUGGCGCUCUUCCCCGUCCGCUACAACGACAAGUACUACCAGGACGCCAUCGCCUCCAAGGACUUCUCCAAGCUCGCUUACUAUAGUGAUAUAUGUGUUGGAGCGAUUGCUUGUCGCCUGGAAAAGAAGGAAGGAGGGGCAGUCCGUGUUUAUAUCAUGACUCUGGGUGUACUGGCACCCUACCGUGGUCUUGGGCUCGGAACCAAGCUGCUGAACCAUGUUUUCGAUCUCUGUGCAAAGCAGAACAUCCCGGAGAUAUACUUGCAUGUCCAGACAAACAACGACGAUGCCAUUGCUUUCUACAAGAAGUUUGGGUUCGAAAUAACAGAGACGAUACAUAAGUACUAUACAAACAUCACUCCACCAGAUUGCUAUGUUCUUACCAAAUUUAUUGGUCAGGCUGCUACAAAGAAAUGAGCAGCCAUGGCCCUUCACUUGUUGCCGAGUUGUGAUCUUGUCACUGUUGGUUUACGUUUUGUCGAGUUCUAACAUUACAGACAUUCGAGAGCAUUAGUGCCCUGGCUACAUCACUGAGACAUUUAUUUACAUUGACUCUGUUCUUUAUCCCACCCUGCUCCAGGGGCAUGAGUGGUCGCCUUAACUGUGAUCUUGUUGCUGUUCGUUUC